UGUGAAACAGUCGGCACGCGUCCCUUGAGACGUCCGCGUAUCUUCUCUGAGAACUCUGUGAAAAUUUUUUGCUCCGAAAAAGUUAUUAGUUUUACAUGAUGUGUUGCGCAAUCUCUUGAUCAUCCCUUUAAAUUUUCGAUUUUAACUGAAGUCAUUCUUGCAUGCUUUUAAAAUUGGAUUUAUUUCUUCAUGUAGAUAAUAUUAUUUUUACAAUAAUUAUAUUUGACGUAAUAUAUAUUUCGAAUUAAUUUUACUAAAAAACAGUGUUAACUAUUAUUAUUUUAAAUAUGUAUGAUUUUUCUAUGUGAUUUAUUUUACGUAUUUUUUUUUUAAAUACAGUUAAAAAUUUUUUACACGAUAUAAAACGUGUUGAUAAAGUAAUAAAGUCUUAUUUAAUUAUAAUUAGUUAUGUAAAAUUUUGUUGUUAUUAUUUUAUAAAUCAUUUUUAUUUUUUAGCAGAAGAAAUUAAGGUUACUUGUUAAAAACAUUAAUUUUUUUAAAAUCACAUUAUUAUAUUAAUUAUUAUAAUAUUUAAUUUUAUUCUACAUUUUUUAUUUUAUAUAACAUUGACAUUAAUCUCUUAGAUAUUGUAUUUAACAUCGUUUGAAGAGUUUCAAAGAAUGGAAGAGUGUUUAUCAUUGAAGGCUGACUAAUCCAAGCUUAAACUACUGGCGAGAAAACGAAUAAAAUAACCGAGCGCUGCACACUUCUGCGUGAUAAGCACUGGAAAAUGUAGAGGUGUCGGAUAAAAAAUGAGAAUUCUGUUAGAGGAAAAAUGGACAGCCUGAAUGCCGACAGCAAUAACACUCGGGAAUUUUGUAACAUUCACUACAAACAUUUCGUAGUGCCACACGGAGAACUUUGGUGUAAUCCAGUAUGGGACUCAUUGCUCUGUUGGCCGCCAACGAAAGCUUCCACCACAGCAAAGCAACGAUGCCCUUUCGUGGAUGGAUUCGAUACGACUAAAUCUGUAGAGAAAAAAUGCGGUUACAACGGUCGUUGGGAGGCACAAAACGGCACGAGCAUAAGCGAAGAUUCAUUUAUUGGAUGGGCAAAUUAUACUACCUGUCUAACGCCAGAAAUGCUAUGGCUUCACUACAGAGUUUACAACAAUAACGUCGAGGGCGAGAUGAAAAUGGAAAUAGCUGAGAAAACUCGUACCUUGGAAUUUGUCGGCCUCAGUAUAUCUUUAGUAGCUUUGCUUGCUUCUCUCGUAAUUUUCUGUCGAUUUAGGUCGUUGCGAAACACCAGAACCAGGAUUCACAAAAAUCUGUUCGUCGCCAUGGUUGUGCAGGUGCUAAUCCGCUUAACGUUAUACAUAGACAUCGCAAUCUAUCGUAGGAAGCCGCACGGCAUGCAACGAGGAAUAGGAAAUAUCCCAGUGCUAUGUGAAGCAAAUUAUGUACUACUGGAAUACGUAAAAACUGCAAUGUUCAUGUGGAUGUUUAUAGAAGGUCUGUUUCUGCAUAACAUGGUAACUGUGACGGUCUUUCAAGAGACGUCUUAUUACCGGAUGUAUCGUUUUAUUGGCUGGGGAUGUCCACUGUUGAUGACUUCAGUUUGGGCUGUCGUUAUGGCAUUCUAUUAUCAUCCGAAAUCAAAAUUUCCCAGAUGCUGGUCAGGAUACAAUUUAUCGUCUUAUUUUUGGAUCCUCGAGGGACCCAGAUUCGCAGUAAUAUUGCUCAACUUUUUGUUUCUGCUGAACAUUAUAAGGGUGCUCGUGGUGAAGUUACGGCAAAGUCACACAAGCGAGUUUGAACAAGUUCUAAAAGCCGUCAGGGCAACCGUGGUACUCUUACCAUUACUGGGCAUCACUAACGUGCUCUUCAUGAUCGAAGCUCCAUUGGAUAACGUAAGCAAGUUUGCUGUGUGGUCCUACUCCACGCAUUUCCUGCGAUCCUUUCAGGGUCUUUUCGUCGCGACACUUUACUGUUUCCUUAACGGCGAAGUAAGACUUGCUUUAGAUAAAACUAUUGCCGUUUAUCUUUCUUUGAGAGGAGGCGAUCUGCAGACUAGAAGACAGUCGACUCUUAGUGGUUGUCAUCCUCAGCGAAUAGCUUCGGUGAUCGAGAUAGAGGAAAAUGAAACGAGACCUGUCGGAUUGAUGAGGCUGUGCUGUCGAGGUGGAAGCAUUCCGCCACCGGAUCGGCCUAUCAAAGCACAAGAAAAGAGAGAUGAAAAGAAGCAUACACUUUCUCGAGACCGAGAAAAUUCCGGCGCAGGAGAUGAUGGAAAGAAAUGACAAUGUAUCAAAAUUCUCGAGAUUGCGUCCAGUCUAUAGAUAUUUUUGAUGUAAUAGCUUGUGCUUCAUUGCUUCUUAUCUCUAUUUUAUUCUUUUAAUGUAUCUUAAUGAUUUCCACAAUGUAAUAUAGAAUAUAUCUGAAAAGCAUAA